AUGUCUCUUCCUUACCGCCCAAGACCAGCUCCUUACCUGUCUCCCGCCCGUGGCGAGGCCAGUCGGGAAGCCUCAGAGAAUACCUACAUUACCUCAACACGUCCUCAGUCAGGCUAUCUCUCCUCCCUGGCUCCCCCUAUGGCCUACUCCAGUUCGACGGAUAGCAACAAAUCCAUCUCCACACCAUACAGCUCGCCAUCCACAUACUUCAACACUAUGAAUUCAUGUCACUCUCCCACGAGCUCCUAUGAGUAUGAUACCUCUGAGUACGAGACACGUAACUCGACGCAGGGGCAGUAUGGAAGUCUCUCUACUUCGUCCAAUCAGGAUUAUCCCUUCGACGGCCAGAACAUGGUCGACCUCACCUCCAGCCCCAGAUCAACCGCUGCAGACAGAUCUAGCCAAAGAUUUAUCUGCCUCUACGAGAACUGUGAGGCCUCGUUUAGCCGGGUAGCAGAUCUAAGCCGACACCAAAAGUCCAUCCACUUCCCCACUAAAAUGGAUUGCCCCAAGCCGCACUGCAACCGCAAGGGCUUCUACGGCUUUACUCGUGAAGACCAUCUUACCGAGCAUCUUCGCCAGUACCAUGGAGAGAACUUAGCCAAGCGCAAUUCUAGCAAGUCAAAGCGCGCAGAGGCCAAGUGCUAA